GGCGGCGAGCUCUGAAAGAAAAAGGCUCCAGUCCGCCUGCGACGACUUUCCCCGAUCCGUGACCCGCCCAAACCACGCCCUUGUUCAUACCCCAUCAACCGUCGCCAAUUUUCCGCGAGCUGGGGAAAACAUUACACCCAACCUCAAGCGGACAGGAACAGGGUAUCGAUCAAGAUGGCUGUUGAGCAGGAGCAUUUCGUCCACCUGGCCCGGCCCCUGGCCCCAAGCAGUUUCGCUGCCGGCAGUGCCCCGCUUACCGUGAACCUACAACCUCAAGCCGUCUUCUCAGUCGUCGAUCAUGCGGUCCGCCGCGACAUUCGCGACACACAAUCGACACGAGUGAUCGGCGCCCUGGUCGGCACCCGCAGCGAAGAUGGGAGCGAGGUCGAGGUGCGGAGCACCUUCGCCAUCCCCCACACUGAGAACGAGGAUCAAGUCGAGGUCGACGUCGAGUAUCAAAAGAACAUGCUCGCCCUGACCCUCAAGGCCUCCCCGCGCGAGACCCUCCUCGGGUGGUACACGACCUCGCACGAGCUCAACAGCUUCUCGGCCCUCAUUCAGAACUUCUUCGCUUCCCCGGAAACAGGCACUUUUCCGCAUCCGGCCGUGCACCUGACCAUCUCGACCGAGCCGGGCGUCCCGAUCGAGACCAAAACCUACAUUUCGGCCCCCGUGGCCGUCUCCCCCGACCGCGCGGCCGAGUCCUGCCUCUUCAUCGAGGUCCCCCACAAACUCCUCUUCACCGAUGCAGAGCGCGCCGCGCUGGGCACCGCCACGGCCGCCGCAACAUCGGAAUCCCGCUCGGCGCCCGUCGUCUCCGACAUCGAGUCGCUCACGCAGUCCCUCGAGACCCUCUCGGACCUGCUCGAGCGCGUGUCGGGCUACGUGGGCGAGGUGCUCGACGAGGAGCGCGACGGCAGCCACGCGCUUGGGCAGUACCUGAUGAACGCGCUGUCGCUUGCGCCCAAGGUGUCGCCGACGCAGAUUGAGCACGACUUCAACAACCACAUCCAAGACGUGCUCAUGGUCAGCUACUUGGCCAACACAAUUCGCACGCAGAUUGACCUCGCCCAGCGACUCGCCACGGCGCCGCUCGCGGGCGGCUUCGAAGGAGGGGCCGACAAAGGCGGCAAGGAGGGAGAGGAAGGCAGUGGCGGCAAGCAGCAGGACGGUGGAGCCGGCGGCCGGUCCGGAGGCGGGAGGGGAGCCAAGGGUCGGGGUGGUCGCGGUGGUGGUCGGGGCGGCGGUCAGCAGAGGGAACCUAGGGAGCCGAGGGAGAAUGGCGAGUAGAAAAACAGAGAGAGAAUGAAUGAACCUGAAGCCAGUCAACAUCGUUGUCAAAGGAGGUUCCGCGGCUUUUCCUUUGUGUGUCGCAAAGAAAAUGUUCCGAGAUGGGUUUGUCUGUUUUGGCGUAGUUUGUCCUACUCCUAACCUGGACUAAUGUCGGUUCAUUUCGGUUGAGUUCCUAAGGGAAUGGGUGGAGUAAUCUUGAAAAAGCUGGGGUGACAGCAAACAUGGAACAGUAUUGGGCUCAAGAAGGCCUGCGAAAACGCAAGUGAAGAGGGUUGAUAUAGGUUAAGACGUUAUAAACCUUGGGACAGGAAGCGCAGCAUGGGUGGUGUUCAUCUCCAAGCACAGGGUAGAGAACAUCUCCGACUGGAAUCCCACGGCGUUGGGACGUCAUUACAGG